CUGUGAGGUGACGACGAAGCAAGAGGGACAAGAGUACUAGUGAAUGCCAUGAUGCAAGACAGAAAAAAAAAUUAAUUGUAUUUUUUCUGCAGCGUAGCGUGAAAGGACGCGGGUGCUGAAUGGAAACACAGAUACACUGCAACACAACUUUAUCGAAGACCACAAUGAAUGUGGAACAUGAAAUUAGCCUCUUAGUUGAGGAGAUUCGGCGGCUGGGAACCAAAAAUUCUGAUGGACAAGUGAGCGUGAAAUUUGGUGUGCUGUUUGCUGAUGAGAAGUGUGCYAACCUCUUUGAAGCCUUGGUGGGAACUCUUAAGGCAGCAAAACGAAGGAAGAUUGUCACUUACCAAGGAGAGCUACUGUUACAAGGCGUUCACGACAAUGUGGAUAUCAUGCUGCUGCAGGACUGAUGCGGUGUUUCAGCUAUGCAUUAAUGGAAUUGCUUGAACCAGUGAUUUGCCACAUCCUCUUAAUAAGGCUGAUCAUUCAAAGGUGUUUUGUAUAUCUUUAUAGUCAAGAAAAUUGGCCUAUYUUGGAAAACAUUCCCUUUUGUAAGUCUUCCUAAAAUGGUACUGUAUAUSAGUGAUGUAAAAGAUGCCAGAUCUUUUCCUUUCUCUUUUUUUUUUCUC